AUGGACCAAAUUAAAACCACCACAACAACGCACUGGAAUGAAGUUGUACAUAGGAAGCGCAAGGACUUGAAAGACUCCAUUCCGAAUGAAUGGGUGUUGAAAAGGGUCCCCACGGUACACAGUGUUUCUGAUGUAGAAGGAUACUUGAAUUCAAUUAUGAGUGAUGUGGAAAAUGGAAUCGUACAUACGAGCCUAUUGGAUUUGAGGAGAAUGAUAAAAAGAGGAGAAAUUAAAAGUUAUGACUUAGUCAAGGCAUUUUGCAAAAGAGCGGCGUAUGUUCAACAGAUGUGCAACUGCUGUAGUGAGAUAUUUUUUGACAGAGCAUUGAAAAGAGCCAGUCAAUUGGAUGAAUAUUACGAAAAAAAUAACGAGGUUAUAGGUCCAUUACAUGGCAUCCCUAUUUCCUUGAAAGACCAGAUAAACUUGGAAGGAAUUGACUCUGCCAUUGGGUAUGUAAGUAAGCUAUACUCUCCGAUUUCGAAAGACAAAGUGUCUCUACUAGCUGAGAUUUUGGAAAGCUUAGGCGCUGUAUUCUAUGUUAAAACUACAACUCCUAUGGCCAUGAUGUCAGGAGAAACAAAUAGCAACAUCUAUGGUAUUACUUGCAAUUCAAGAAAUCGGAAUUUAUCUUGCGGAGGAUCCUCUGGUGGUGAAGGCGCCUUGUUGGGUUCGCAUGGUUCUGUUUUGGGAUUUGGGACAGACAUUGGAGGUAGUAUAAGGCUACCCUCCAGCUCUCAAGGGAUCUUUGGUCUAAGAUGUUGCUCCAAUAGAUUACCGUAUCUUAACAUAACUAACUCAAUGGCAAAUCAACCAGUAAUGUGCUCUGUUGUGGGCCCCAUGAGUGUAAAUAUUGAUGACCUUCAAUACAUUACGAAGUUAGUAUUGGACCAAAAGCCCUGGGUCAAUGACCCAAGGUGUUUACCAAUACCUUGGAGAGAUUAUGAACCUCCUAAGAAACUUUCCUUUGGAAUUUUUGAUUGUAACAACAUAGGUUACCUACAUCCUCCUGUUCGUAGAGCAAUUAAAAUGGUUGUAACUUCUUUGAAAAGAGAGGGGCACGAAGUGAUUGAAUUAAGCCCUCCUUUCACUCUUCAGCAACUAUUUACAUUUGCCGGUGAAAUUUUUUAUGCAGAUGGAUGCAGAGAAAUUCUAGAGGAAUGCAAACACUCUGGGGAACCUUGUACAACCAUUUCAGCUUUUGAUGAAGAUGGAAACCGUUGCAGAGGAGUUGCUAAUGUAAAUGAACAUUGGGAUCAAUAUGCCAGGAAAUAUGAAUACCAGCGUGACUUUGAUAAAUUCUGGCUUGAAACAGCAAAUAUUACAACUACGAAACGACCUGUCGAUGGUUUAAUAUUGCCCGUACAACCUAUGGCGUCCUUUCGUCCUGGGGACAUAAAAAAAUUCAAGCUCAAUUUUACUCGAGCUUUUAAUGUUCUUGACUAUGCGGUAGUUUCAACUCCAAUCACUUUGGCUGACAAAUAUACAGAUAUUAAGGACGAAACUUAUCAACCGUUAGAUGAGGACGAUAGGGUUCUUUAUGACUACUAUGAUGCUGAAUUAUAUGACGGCACUCCCAUCGGUGUACAAGUUGUGGCACCAAGGUAUGAAGAGGAACGCGCAAUUGGCUUGUCUAAGUUGAUAAACUCUUAUGUCGAGAAUCAUUUGAAUCCCAAAAUGAAGUUGCAAAUUUAA